AUGGUAGGUUGUUCGUUCUCUGUCCGUCAUCUAUCAUUUCAAACCUAUCGGUCAACUCGACUUUUCGUUAACGUUCGCUCAUAUGUCAGGUCGACAGCGGAGAAACACAACAAACGACGAUUGGUUCAAUUCUGGCGUCGACAAUCUGGCGUCUGCAUCUAUACCGCUUAUGCGAUAUUGGAACCAGAAAAAGCCUCGCAAGCCGCAACUUCAAUCGUGGUAUCUUGCAUCUAUUACGAGCCUCACGAUAAAUGUUAUAUCACUUCGGUCGACGCCAUCUAUCUCCUCGAAGCUUUGAUCGGUCAACGUUUUCAAGUCGAUGAGAAGAAUAGGAUCAGACGUAAUUUGGAAAGAUGUGGUCCUAUCACCAUCACGAAGAAUAACCCUGCGACGGCCGAUUUCUUCAAGUUGAUAAUGGCUUUUCCUAAUCCGAAACCGAGGAAUAUCGAAAAAGAUGUGAAAGUUUUCGAAUGGGAUAGAUUGGCUUAUGGACUGGAAUCAAUCGUUCAGAAAUAUUCCGCGGCGAAAGGAGGUCAGCUUCGAGGAAAGAGAAUGUCCCAUAACGAACCUCUCAUGUUCACUUUCAACCCACAUGACCCAUAUCCAACUCCCGCUACUCCCCAAUCCCAACAGAACCCUCGAUCUUUAUAUGCUCAUCCACCUGUUACCGAACAAUUCUGGCAAAUGCCUUCUCAAGACUCUCCCCCUCAAGGAUCUCAAUUUCAUCCUCAACAUUCCCUCUCUUUCUCAUAUCCUCCACUUCAAUCACUCCCACCACCUACUCAAUCCCUUCUUCCACCACAUCCGGUUCAAUCACUUCCUCCUAUGCAAUCGGUCCAAAGUACAAACUUAGAUAACCUAAUGCUUCCUCAACCUCGAUAUGUCGCACAUACGUAUUCUGAUGUUCCUCAAAGUCCUCGAUUCGUUCACCCCAUGACGGAGAUGAGCCAAUUACACAUGAAUCAUCCUAUAGAUCAAGAAUAUACUCAGAGAUAUCAACAACAUC